AUGUAUGAGAUAUACGCUGCCGGGGCUGCGGCGGCGUUCACAGUAGACUGUCUCGUCUACCCUCUGGACACCAUCAAGACCAGAUAUCAGAGCCAAGACUUUGUCAAGACGUAUGCCUCGACAUCAGGAAGCAAAGCGCCCCUCUUCCGGGGCCUCUACCAGGGCAUUGGGAGUGUGGUGCUAGCCACAUUACCGGCAGCCGGGAUAUUCUUCGCCACGUAUGAAAGCAUGAAGAAAACCAUCUCCGGCACUAAUUUGCUCCCUCAGCCGUUUGUGCAUGCCUCAGCCUCGGCCAUUGCAGAGAUGGGCUCAUGCCUUGUCCUCGCACCAGCAGAAGUCAUCAAACAAAAUGCGCAAAUGUUACGGAAGCAAGACAACAGUAGCGACAGUACCAGGCGAUCAACUUCCCUCGAGGCCCUGCGACGAGUCACAAGUUCCGGGGCGCAGAGGCGUCUCUUCUCCGGCUACACAGCCCUUGUCGCGCGCAACCUCCCUUUUACCGCGAUUCAAUUCCCCAUCUUUGAGCAUGUGCGAAAAACAGUCUGGACCUCUCGGUCGCAAGGGAGGGCAGAGGGCAAUGAGCAAGGCCUCGUAGAAACAGCCGUAGUCACGGGGACCAGCGCGGGCGCAGCGGGCGCGUUUGCGGCCUUCAUCACUACGCCGAGCGACGUCGUCAAGACGCGGAUGAUGCUGAGCGCGGGAGAAGCCGGCGAUAACAGCCACAGCAAUUCGUCGCCUUCACAUGUUGAGAAAUCGGUGAGUCCUAGGUCGAAGCCGAAGCGCGGCAGCUUAGAGGUGACGCGGGACGUGUAUCGACGACACGGCGUGCGCGGAUUGUUCCGCGGUGGAGGUUUGCGUGCCGUGUGGACGGCCGUCGGCAGCGGUCUCUACCUAGGCACGUACGAAAUGUCAAAGGUAUGGCUCACUCGGGGCAAGGACGAAUCGGAAGUUGUCGGAGGGCUGUAA